AUGCAGUUCACUACUACUACCCUCGCUCUUCUGAUUGCCUCGGCAAAUGCCUCUCCUCUCCUGGGCCUCAAGCUCGGUGGCAUCAACGUUGGUGUUGCUACUUCCAGCGCUCUGUUGGAUGUGAGCGUUGGUUCUGGAUCGGGUUCUGCUGCAAAGGCAAACACUGUGUCCACCAUCACCGCUGCGCCAACCGCCGCUUCCACUGGCCAACCAACGAUGCCAUCGAGCUUCUCUGCCCCAGUCCAGGGUCACGGCGUGCUCUCUCUUGAGAACCUUCCCGCUAUGCCGCCUGUCAUUGACAAGGUUCUCUCUGGUGUUCUCGGAGCUGCUGUCGGUCUCCUAUCUGGAGCUUGCAACACCGACCACAAGUGCACCGUCACUGUCGCAGGCUCUCUCGAGAACCUGCUCGUCGACGGCGACAAGUACUCCAUGAACAACACCGUUUCUGCAUGGUGCGCUGAGGGCCGCUGCUACGGAUCUGCCAGCAUUCCUCUUUCAGCUACCGCUCCCUUCAUCAUUACCUGCGACCAGAUCUCUGGCCACAAGGCGUGCUCCGCUACCAUUUCGGGUAUUGCCCGUGCCAUCUUCGCCAACGGAGAGCAAGUCGAACUUUGGGGCUGGUUGACCCCUGCUGGUUACUGCAAAGACGGUGUUUGCACUGCUUCCAUCACCGCUAUCGGCGACCCAAUGUACUAA